AUGCAGGCACGGCUCUGGCUGGUCUUCAGUGUGAAGCUGGCAGCUCUCUGGAGCAGCUCUGCCCUCGUUCAGACUCCUGACUCCAAAACACUUCUAACCAGUCAAACGUUAGAAAUAUCCUGCGAAGCUAAUACCCUCUCUAAGACCUCACUCAUCUACUGGUUGAGACAGCGCCGGGGAUCCAAGGACAAGCGCUUUGAGUUCCUGGUCUCCUGGAAUCCUUCCAAAGGAGUUGCUGUGUAUGGUGAAGGGGUGAAGAAGGAGCACAUGAUUGUGUUUUCACAUCUAAGCCGGUCCAACCUCAACCUCACGAGACUGAAGCUGGAGGACAGUGGCACCUACUUCUGCAUGAUGAUCGGGAGCCCCCAGCUGAUCUUUGGGAAAGGGACAGAGCUGAGAGUGGUUGAUGUCCUUCCUACAACUGCCCAGCCCACCAAGACGACUGUCAAGAGGAAACCGUGCUCAGUCCCCCCAUUAAAGCCCCAGAAGGGCAUGACGUGUGGCCUCGUUACCCUCAGCCUGCUGGUGGCCUCCAUCCUGGUUCUGCUGGUAUCCCUGAGUGUGGCUGUCCACUUUCACUGCCUUCGCAGGAAAGCCAGAAUUCGCUUCAUGAAACAGUUUCACAAGUGAUCAUCGCCCACAGCACUGAUAUCCUGCCGCAAAAGGACAAUGACAGUGUUCAGUAAAAAAGCAGAUCUAGACAAGUGAGAGAGGGAUUCAUUCAACGGUGGAGACUCCACUGCCUUGCUCAAGUCACCUGCCUUGAACUGCUGCAAAUACCUCCGUGGAAGUCAUGCAUGGGGACCACGCGACUGUUCACCUGGAGUCUCCCGGAGAAAACCCCAGAACCCAGAGUCACUCACAAAGUGUGCCGAAGAACCAAGAACUCCCACCAUGGCUCCCCUGUGGUUCUUUUACCCUUCUUGGACUGGACCUUAGAUGGUGGCCUUCCAGUCACCAUCUUCGUAAGUUGCUUGAACAGGCAGCAUUUUUGGCUCUUUGACCCCUCAUGGAAAAGAGCUGGGGGCAACCCUGGGUCUUCCCAGAGAAGACUGCCCAUCUUCACAGGGAGAAGCCAGCUUGUGAGUUGCUGGGCUCUUGGCAGCCAUCUUAGUCUCUCGAGACGUCCUGUGGGGCUGGGAGCCUGUUAGGUCAGGAGACUUCUACUUCAUCUCCUAGUAGGAAGUUCUUAAGCUUCGCUUCUUCCUCUCGUUGCUUGGAUAUUUCUUUCACUCUCUGGCGUUUUUAUGAAAAUGUCAUGGCUGUAAAAAUAAA